AUGGAACAAACUAAGAAUCAAACGAAUGUGAAAACACUAGGUACUCAUUAUCAUCUUACCGAAGUUCCACAUCUGCAACAACUCAAUUCUCCAAUCGAAGUUUCAACACCACAAACACUUGAACGAAAUCUUGAUUCAAGUGAUAGCAAUGAUGCACAAAUAUCAAAACAAAAUCGCAUUCUAUCGAACAGAAAACAACAAGAAUAUGGUCUAAUGAAUGUAUCAAUAGCUUCAAAGGCGUUACUUCCAUUGAAUAAUAAUCCUGUGCUAGAUCAACACCAACCGCACACAUCAGAACAUCAACAAGGUCGUCUCCCAUUUGAGGAGCUGAAACGAGCUGUUUCAAACAACCAUCCGUGUUUUUUAAUUAAAUAUGAUCUAGAUGUGAACUCGAAGAACCAUUCACCCGAUAUAUCAGCAGCAAUACAUUACGUACCUCUCCAGUACAAUGAAGAAUAUGUCAAAGAAGAAAUUGAACGAAAUCUUCAAUCAGCUGAAAAUGUUAAACGCAUUCAAUAUCACUUUCGACGAAGAACAAAUGAUUUCCAAUUUGUUGUUAAAGAUUUACGCGAAUAUAAUUGUACGAUAAAAUUAGGUCGAAUGUCGAUUGGAAAUACUCUCUGUACCAUUACUCAAUUCCUGGCCGGGAAUCGUAUGACAUUUUGUACUCGUUGCUGGUGUUUAGGUCACAUGAGAGAUAAAUGUGAACUAGGAAAUCUUAUCAAUGGUCAAACGCACAUCUGUUUGAAUAGGACUCGCUGUGCCCAAUGCAAUGAUGAUCAUCAAUCAUUAUCUAGUGAAUGCGAUAAAGUGGUAAAAUAUCGAUCAGAAUUAAAAGCUCAAGUCAACAAUGCAAUAUCGUCAGGAAAAUUACACCGAUUAAUACCUCAAGACCGCACCCAAUCGAUGGAGUUUCAAACGAAGUAA